AACGCUGCCUACACAAAUAGCUUAAAGAAGAAAGGCUAGUAAUUGCGUCUGUGGCUCAUUAAUAGUCUGCGUCAGUCAUUUAAGACCCUCGUCUGACGUUUAAUCAUCUGCGGACUCGAUCAUAAAUGAGUCACUGAGUUUGAAGUGAUGUCAGUCCGCUUUGAUUCCUCCUCAUCAUCUGAAGAGAUGCGAUGACGGUGGAAGGAAGAUGAUGAUGAUGAUGACGAUGACGUUCCAGCUGCUCCUCCUGCUCCUCACCGUCGCUCCGCUCGCGCGCGGGGUCCCGGGAUUCCAGGUGCGUCUGGUGGGCGGCAGGAGCAAGUUCGAGGGCCGCGUGGAGGUGCUGUAUAACGGCGAGUGGGGAACCGUGUGUGACGACGAGGUCAACAUCAAUCUGCCCAACGUGGUGUGUCGCGAAUUGGGCUUUUCUCGUGGACUCACCUGGGCUCACAGCGCGAAGUUCGGCGAGGGCCGCGGUCCGAUCUGGCUGGAUAACGUCUUGUGUUCGGGCACCGAGAGCUCGCUGUCGGACUGUCGAUCGAACGGUUGGGGUGUGAGCGACUGCACUCACGCUGAAGAUCUGGGUGUCAUCUGCAGUCCAGAUCAACCCAAUCAGGGUCACGUCCUACGUUACCAAGAACCUCCUUCAACUCAGAUCUCCAACGUGGUCUCAAACGCUCCUCCGGCCGCACCGCCGCCCGCACCGCCGCCCGUCAGCUCGACCCAUCACCGCGGGCACGAGAUCGCCCUCAACCGCGGCGGCCGCGGCCCGUCGUCUCCGCAGCUCAACGCCCAUCGCAUCCAGCUGCGCAGAUACGGGCACGAGAGCGCCGUCACCGGUCUGCCGCGGGGCCACCAGAUACCGGACUUCCUGCGCAGCAGAACCUCCCACAGGAGAACACAGGAAGUGACGCCCAGACAGACCACCCGACACCCCGAGAGAACGCCACCAGCGCCUGAGCCGGUUUACAGCCCUGAGCCGGUCUAUCCCAGAGCGGAGCACAGUAACAGGAUGGAUCUGGACUUCACCGACAUGGACGAGCAGUUGACUGGGUCGGUCCAGCUGGACGAGGUGCGCCUCCGACCCGUUCUGACCACCACACGCAGCGCUGCCAUGGUAACGGAGGGUGUGGUGGAGGUGAGGCAUGCUGGGAAAUGGAGGCAGGUGUGUAGUCUGGGCUGGGAUCUGAGCAGCAGUCGUGUGGUGUGCGGCAUGCUGGGAUUCCCGUCGGCGGAACAGCACGACACACGCGUGUACCGGAAACUGUGGGACUCUAAGAUGGAGGAUCCAGCCACAAGGUCUGCGGUCAGUAAGAAGGCGUUCUGGAUCGAGCGGGUUCAGUGUUCGGGCACGGAGAUUUCUCUGGCACAUUGUCGGGCGCAGCUCUCCGUCCCCCGGCACGACAUCCCCUGCGCCGGAGGAAUGCACGCGGUGGUGCGCUGCGUUCCGGGCGUUCAGUUCUCCAGAAUCUCCGCCUCCGGACACCCGCAGGCUCCGCCCCCUCUGAACGCGGUGGUGCGUCUGAAGGCCGGGCCGCGGUUGGGCGAGGGCCGGGUGGAGGUGCUCCGCGAGGGUAAGUGGGGGACCGUGUGUGACCAUCUGUGGGAUCUGACGGCAGCCAGCGUGGUGUGCAGAGAGCUGGGCUUCGGCUCGGCCAAAGAGGCCCUUCGAGGAGCACUCAUGGGUCAAGGUACGGGUCCCAUCCACAUGAACGCGGUGCAGUGUUCGGGACAGGAGAGCUCCGUCAUGCAGUGCCGCUUCCGGGAGGUUCCGCUGUACUCAUGCAAACACUCUCAGGACGUGUCCGUCCGAUGCAACGUCCCCAACACCGGCCUGAGCGCUACGGUGCGUCUGGCGGGCGGUCGGGAGGCGGCGGAGGGCCGUGUGGAGGUGCUGAUGGAGGUGAACGGUCAGCAGCGCUGGGGCUCCGUCUGCAGUGAGAACUGGGGCAUUAACGAGGCCAUGGUGGUGUGUCGACAGCUCGGCUUCGGCUUCGCUUCCAGAGCCCAUCAGGAGACCUGGUUCUGGCCCAGCAGCUCCGGAGCGGAGGACGUGCUUCUGAGCGGGACCCACUGCGUCGGCACCGAGAUCUCCAUCCAGCAGUGCCGCAGGAACGGACAGACGUACUGCCCGCGCGGAGGCGGAAGCAGAUCCGCCGGAGUCACUUGUGUGGACGUGGCUCCGGAUCUGGUGGUGGACGCGCAGCUGGUGCAGGAGUCUGCGUAUCUGGAGGAUCGACCGCUGCACCUGCUCACCUGCGCUCACGAGGAGAACUGCCUGUCGUCCUCCGCCGCACGCAUGAACUGGCCGUACGGACACCGGCGCCUGCUGCGCUUCUCCUCUCGCAUCAUGAACCUGGGACGAGCCGACUUCAGACCGCGAGCCUCACGAGAGUCCUGGACCUGGCACCAGUGCCACAGGCAUUAUCACAGCAUCGAGGUGUUCACGCACUACGACCUCCUGACCAUGAACGGCACGAAGGUCGCAGAGGGUCACAAGGCCAGUUUCUGUCUGGAGGACACGUACUGCCCCGAAGGUCUGACCAAACGCUACGCCUGCUAUAACAUGGGCGAUCAGGGCAUCACUGUGGGCUGCUGGGAUACGUACCGCCACGACAUCGACUGUCAGUGGGUGGACAUCACCGACGUGCGGCCCGGAGACUACAUCUUCCAGGUGGAGGUCAAUCCGUCGCUCGAUAUGGCCGAGUCUGAUUUCCAGAAUAACGUGAUACGCUGCCGCUGCCGUUACGACGGAGGACGCGUGUAUAUGUACGGAUGCCACGCCGGAGACGCUUACACCGCAGAGAUAGAGGACCUGUUUGAACACCAGCGGCAGAUCUCAAACAACUUCCUCUGAUGAAGCCGCGGCGCUGCAGGACUGACGCCGUUUUCCUCCGAUCGCCGACGCCGCGUCACCACACCGGUGGGCGGAGUCUGCGUGAUUGACGGGUAGGGGUGGGGUUAGUGCGAUGAUUGACAGGUGGGCGUUUACAGUACAUUUCGGCCAGUAUUGAUGAAGCAGAAGAACGUUCUACCGUUAUAAUGAAGGGAUUUGACGAGUUUGAGCAGACGUGUCCAGCACACCCUGACGAGGCUCAUGUGUAUCGAUUCAUCAAGAUUCAUGGGAAAAAACAUUAUGCCACACAAUAAAAUAUACAUAUAUAAAUAAAUAUUGAAACUCAGUCAUGAAUUUGAGACAUUGUUUUUCAGGAUGCAACAGUUUUAAGUAAACUUAAUAGACAUUUUCUUUCAAAAAGUGUCAUUCUUCCUGCUUCUUGUGCUCAUCAUUUUUCAUAUUCUAAUUCACUUUUUUUUGUUUGUUUUUAUUUUUAUUUUAUAAAGUAUGUUAGUUUGGUCCGUUGAAGAGAAAACAUGUUUAUUCUGUGUUUUUCAUUGUAAGAUCUCUCUGUACAUCAGCAGUUCUCAACCAGAGUGACUUCCAAGUAUUUCAAUUCAUUUUAAAAAAUAUUUGUAACAUUUUCUUUAUAUUAAUUGUAUUAAAAUAAUAUAACGCUAAAUUAAAAUGCUGAUUUUUAAAAAAAUAUAUUUUUUGAAAUAUCAAAAUUUUAACUCUAAAUUAAAACUCUAUAUAAUGAUUCUUUCUAACUCUAAAAGGCAUAAAAAAGACAAUUUGUAAUUAUUUUUUCCCCUUCAGUAAUUAUUUUAUUGACGGCUUUUGAAAAUUUUGGAAUCACAAAACGAAUCACAGUCAAAUAUAUCGAUUCCCCGAUUUCUGUUUCUGUUGAUUAUUGGACGACAGAAAACGUUCGAGUCCAAACGGUUGAGCUCUGCAUCAGUAAAUGAUUUAUUCUGAUCAGUGUGAUUUUCUGUUGUGAAUCCUGACGUUUCUUUCUUCUUACCGUCAUUUCUCAUGUUUAUUUCUCUGGCCACUGGUGCUGAUUUGAGUGGCUCAUUUAGUCAUUAAUAUUAUUAUACUUUAUUAUAAUUGUUACUGGCUCAAACGGAGCAGCAGAGUCUGUGUAAUAAAUGUUUGAUCACUGUUGUAUCGGCAUGUACAGGUUUAUGAACUCUGUAUUUCUGACCUCAGUUUUUACUGUUAUUGGAAACCUUCUCUCUAUGAAGAGAAACAGGCGGUCAGUCGUUUGUACAGAUUGUGCUUCAAUACUUGAACAAUAAACGUCUCGUGUCAAACACCACAAACAAUGGCUUUAGAUCAUCUACAAAUAUUAAGUGCGCUUUUGUUCAGCUCUGAUUAAUGGAUUAAUGACAUUCAAAACAUCAGCGUUAUCAUCAGCGCUGGGGAAAGUUACUUUUAAAAGUAACACGUUACAAUAUUACAGUGAUCCAUAAAAAAAGUAACUAAUUAUGUUACUUAGUUACUUUUAAUGGAAAAUAAUGUUACAUUAUGUUUGUGUUACUUUUUAUAUCUGGGCAGGGUUUUUAUUUUUGGCAAAUAUAAAAGCACCACACCAAAAGCCUCAGACUGAAGGAAAAGUAAAUUCACGUCUGUACAGCAGAACACAGAACGUACAACACACUUCAGCAAUAAAAAAAAGAAGAAAUGUUAGUGCAUCUCGAGUCAUUUGUGCUCAUUAGUAUGGUUAAAAUGGCUAAUCGAAGGUCAGCAGCAAAGACACAGAUUAAUAAAAUGGGAUUAAAUACAUUAAAUGCAUUCCACUGUUU